CAGCCCGGAGGCCGUCCCAGUCCCGAGCUGGAGCUAGUCCGAGCAGCUGCGCGGCUGCGCUUUGGUGCCUUUAUUCCGCGGACCCCUCGGGCAGGGUCCUCCCACCGGCUCCAGCGCCGCACACGCGUCCUCCCGCCCCGCAGGUGCCGCGUGGUGCAGCCCCGGCUGGAGCGGCGAUGCGCCUCAUUCAGAACAUGUGCACCAUCGCCGAGUAUCCCGCCCCGGGCAGCGCCGCCGCCGCCGACUGCUGCCUGGGGGCGGCGGGUCGCCGCCUGGUCAAGAUCGCGGUGGUGGGGGCCAGUGGUGUGGGCAAGACCGCUCUGGUGGUCCGCUUCCUCACCAAACGAUUCAUUGGUGACUACGAAAGGAACGCAGGUAAUCUCUAUACCAGACAAGUCCAAAUAGAAGGUGAAACCCUGGCUAUUCAGGUUCAAGACACGCCAGGUAUUCAGGUCCACGAGAACGGCCUGAGCUGCAGCGAGCAGCUGAAUCGGUGCAUUCGCUGGGCAGAUGCCGUGGUGAUCGUGUUCUCCGUCACUGACUACAAGAGCUAUGAACUCAUCGGCCAGCUCCACCAGCACGUGCAGCAGCUACACCUGGGCGCCCGGCUGCCCGUGGUGGUCGUGGCCAACAAAGCUGACCUGCUGCACAUCAAGCAGGUCGACCCUCAGCUCGGACUGCAGCUGGCCAGCGUGCUGGGCUGCUCGUUCUAUGAAGUGUCGGUCAGCGAAAAUUACAACGACGUCUACAACGCUUUCCACGUCCUGUGCAAGGAAGUGAGUCACAAACAGCAGCCCAGCAGCACACCAGAGAAGCGGAGAACCUCCCUCAUUCCCAGGCCCAAGUCCCCCAACAUGCAGGACCUGAAGAGGAGGUUCAAGCAAGCCCUCUCUGCCAAAGUGAGGACUGUCACCUCCGUCUGAAGCAGGGACACUCGGGGGGGUUUGGUCUGCCCAGGAAGAGGGCCUGAGGUUCUUGCAGCACAGGAGUGAUGGGUGCUGGCAGUCAUUCACGGUUCCAGCAGGAGCCGGAGCAGAGCGGCCAGGAGGGUCUGUGGGACUGCUACAGAAACUUCCGUUCUGAGCCGGGGAGGGGGGGACAGGAUUGAUGAGGCUGGAAUGAGCCCACUGAGCCACUCUGAGUAUGUGAAAUGUGCUCCACGUCUUUUCCUUUGGAGUGGGGAGGGCGGCGUAACCGCUUUGGAUUUUGUUCCUGACCUUGUAAAUGACGGUCAGUUGUAGUUUCCGCAACUAUAUGGAUGUGGUUGAUGGUGGGAACGAGAAAACAGCUUAACCACUCCCAGCCUUUCCACGUUUUCUCUCUUCUUUCUUUAUUCCCUUUUCUCCCUCCCCCCCCCCGCCCCCCCAAGAGGAAGGACUGCUUUUUCCUCUUACGAGUCUGAUUCGCAUCUCUGGAACACUGUUCCUUACAGAAUGCCUUUCUAACCUGAAGGACACCCGAGAUUUCUUCUUUAAAGAACAAGGAGGAAAAUACUACCCCCACGCCCAAUAAAGGGUGGGGUUUAUGGGCCAGAUGUUAUGUAUAUGGACGGACAUCCGGAAGCUUAUAUGGCCUGCAGGAAGGGCUGCUUCCUCCUGACACAGGAGGAGUAUGUUCAGUUGAGCAUGUGUUAAAUGGUUGAGAACUCAAACUCUUCAGCCCCAGACUUUGAGUAAUUGUGAGACUGUAUAAUUUUUUUUUUUUUUUUUUUAGCUGUUGCAUCAGGUACAGGAAAAAAAAAACCGUGUUCAUUGAUUUUGAUGUGAUUUGUGUAAAUGGCACACAGCAAUGACGUUGGGUUGUUUCCUAGGCCUGGCCGAGUGUGGCUUAAGUACGGAAAACACUGUCUUACAGCGAGUGCACGGAUACAGGGGCGACCGCCAAAUCCCGUACACAGACGCACUUUAAGAAGCCACUCAUGCUUUGGCUUAAACUGUAAUUAAUUUAUUUUAUGUACAAUAAAUCUCAUUUUAAAAGCGUA